AUGGCUCUCACCGCACGCACCGCGACCAUAUCGCGGGUAACCAACGAGACCAAGAUCCAAGUCUCGCUCUCCUUAGACGGCGGCGUCCUCCCAGCCUACGAACCCACCACACACUUUUCCCCACCGAGCGAUCCCCAAGAUGCCGAAGCAGCCAAGAACGGCAUUGUACCUCCCAAAGAUGCCGGCCACGCAACACAAUUCACCCCUACGCAGCAGAUCACCGUGAGCACAGGAAUCGGGUUCCUGGACCACAUGCUGCACGCACUGGCAAAACACUCCGGCUGGAGUCUGGCAGUGCGGGCCAAGGGCGAUCUUUACAUCGACGACCACCACACAACAGAAGACACAUUCCUCGCCCUCGGCGCAGCCUUCACAAAAGCCCUCGGCGCCCGUCAAUCCCUCGCUCGCUUCGGCCGCGGCGACGCACCCCUCGACGAAGCCCUCUCCUGGGCCGUGAUUGACCUCUCCAGCCGGCCCUGGGCAGUCAUCAACCUCGGCUUCAAGCGCGAGAAGAUCGGCGAUCUGAGCACGGAGAUGAUCACGCACGGUCUGCAGAGCUUUGCGCAGGCUGCGGACGUGACUCUGCAUGUGGGCUGUACUUAUGGUGAUAACGACCACCACCGCGCGGAGAGCGCGUUCAAGGCUCUUGCUGUUGCGAUUCGGACUGCUUGCGCGCGCAGAGUUGCGGGGGAGGUCGGGGCCGGGGACAUCGUUAGUACCAAGGGUGUUCUGUAA